AAUUUGUUAAGUUAACCUCAAACGUGCGGUGUUUUUUUUGUAAUUUGUUUGUGUAUAAAAGAGGCGAGUGAGCGAAGCAAUAAUGCCGAGUACGGAUAAAUUCCAGUUAGUCCUGUUCGAAGGGGAUUUCGCGCUGCCGGCCAUCGAGCCGGAGAGCAUAAAAUCGAUACUGUACUGCAAAAUAGCCGAGGCGCCUGUGACCGUGAGACUGUUCAACAGCUACAGGAAUUGCGCGUUGUACAAGACUCCGCCGCUUCUGCUGCACGAUAAGGUUACGUGUACAGACUCCGAGCAGAUCGUCGCCUACUUAAAGUGCAAUAAUUUCAACAUAGAUCGCGAAUUGGAUCCCAAACAGCGCAGCGAGUGUUUGGCUUUGAAGAAUCUAGUCCAAUCUAAAUUAAAACCGGCGGUGGAAUUUAAUUAUUGGAUAGAACACAGAAAUUCCACGGAGUUCUUGAAUAUAUGGUUUAUGAAAUGCCUACCUAUUCCUUUGAAUUACUUUUAUACGGGGAAUUUCAGAAACCGAGCGGUGGAUUUGAUGGAGAGCUUGUACCCGAACGAAACCGAUAAAGACGUGAUAAAGGAGUACAUACAGAGGGCCGCUAUCGAUUGUUUACAGAGUUUAUCAUCGAGAUUGGGCAACGGUGAAUUCUUUUACGGCUCCAAACCCACUACCUUAGAUGUGGCUGUAUACUCGUACGUUGCACCGUUCAUCAAGAUACCGUUUCCUUUGAACGAAAUGUACAACGUUGUCAAUAUGUGGCCGAAUUUGGUGAAUCUCGUGAAACGUAUCGAUAAUUUGUACUUCCCGAACGUGCCCAAAGGCUCGAAGUAUAUUCGAUUAGAAGACAAGGCGAAGACCACCGAUGACGAAGUAUCGUACGCAGCCAUUGUUAUAUUGACUCUCAGCGCGACUAGUUUGAUAUUAGGAUUCGCUUAUAAGAAUGGAUAUUUGACUGGGAAAAUACCCGAUUAAAUGGGAUUUAAUCGUUCGAAAACCGUGUGUUCUCUAGUCUUAAGUUUUUGGGUAUUACAAAUACAAAUUGUUAGGUAAUAUGUGGUAAUUAAGUGUAUCACAACAUGAGAUUUUUUAAAUUGUAUUGCAUUUUCUAAGUAGACUGUUCUUAACUGAAAAUUUUGAUACAAGCAGA